UUCUAAUGGCUUGUUUUACAGAAAAAGAAACAACUAAUAGCUCCUCAGAACUGUUAGGGCCAUGGAGGCAGCCGGCCAAAGGAUAUAUUCGGUUCACUUGUUUUCCUCACCCGAAACUAUAAGAAAUACUUAUUAAGUAUCACAACUCAUUACAACUGGUACCCGACAUGGAGUUAUAAUGGUAUUUACAUAUCCAGCAACUCUCGGAGCAGCGCAGUUUUCUUUUGCCAAACUGGAAUAACACUCACUCCGUAAUAGCUCUAAGGUCCUACUUCCUUCGUAGACAGUUCAGCAGACAGAGACAGACAGAGAAGGCUCUACAGACAACAUGUCCACCAGUACCACCAGUCAGCCCUGCAAGCAGGAGAGGAAAGGCAGUUUCUUCCAGCUGAUCGACUCAUUUGCCUGGGAAAUCGGAACAUUGAAGAAGGAAAUGGGGAAAAAAGCUGAACCUGCAGAAGGAGACCAAACAACAGAUACACUUCUUGGGCUGGAUAAAGAGGUGGAAGGUCUCUUCCUACAGGCAUCACCUUGUGCUGGGAUCGGAGCAGGGCUGGCUGGAGCGAGAGAUUCGGGCUACGACUCCCUUCAUCGGCGGCUUAGUGUUCUGGACAGACUGGUGCAUACACAUGCUGUUUGGCUACAACUGGGCCUCAGCCACCAGGAUGCCACACGUAUACUGCAGAUCCAACCCACUGGGACAUUCAUGGUGAGGAAGUCAACCAGCUUGCAGAGGAAAGUAAUAUCUCUACGCAUGGACAAAGACUCUGCAGUUCCCGUCAAAGACUUCCCUGUCAAGGAGAGCCAGUACACUUUCUCUUUGGAGGGAUCAGGCCUGAGCUUUGCAGACCUUUUCCGUCUGGUGGCUUUCUGCUGCAUCAGCAGGGAUGUGUUGCCCUUCACUCUGAAGCUUCCAGAGGCCAUUGCUUCUGCUAGAACGUCUGCUGAUCUUGAGGAAGUUGCUAAACUUGGAACAGGCUUCUGGGACGCUCAGUUGUGCCACAGGACGAAGGGCUCAGUCUCCUUGGCAGGAAUAGCUGCUCCCAACAGACCAUCUUCAACUGCCCAGAGAUCAGUCUCCUUGGCAACCACCCCAGGGCGCCCUUGGCUUCGAACUCGCACCCCAUCUAAGCUUGAGCGUUGCCAGUCCAACGGAGCACUUUGUUUCAUCAACCCCCUCUUCAUAAAGGUUCACCAAACAGACGGCGACGACAGCACCACUUCAAAUCCCUCUGGCACAGCAAAGCAAGGCCAUAAGGAAGAACCCAUUAGCAACAACCUGGAAAUCUACAACAAGGACAGUCAACACUCUUGUAGAGACAGUCCUCAGGUCUGUAGCUCUGAUCACAGUGACAGCAGCCAGUCAGGUCAAAGCAGCCUGCAGAGCCUUGGCAGAAACACAGCGCAGCACAGCACAGACGAUAACAGUGAAACCAGCAGCAGCAAUCAGAAGCUGAGUGCUGCAGACAGUGUGUCACGGUCCCCACCUCCUCGUCCACCCCCACCUCGCUUUGUGCCGCGACAUUCAGCCCCUCCUCUCCGCAGUAUGCCAGAGAAGAUCUCCUGGAUCAACAUCCCCAAAGAGAAAGUGGAGGAGAGGGAGAGAGGCAGCAGCCUCCUUUCUCGUCUGGGCUCCUCGCUAAGCAUCAGCCCCUCAUCCUCCUCUCCCAAAAGACUCAGCAUCAGCUCCCCCAUAUCCAUUCCCCGGCCAUCCCUGCCCAUCUCUCUAUCAUCUCUCUCCUCCUCUCCACAUCGGGCCAAGGCCUCAUCAUCAUCCAGCCAGGAAGAUGCCCAAUGCCACUUGGCACUGGAGGACCAGACUAUUGAGAAAGCCCUCAUUAGGGCCAAACUGUCUCAGCAUAAUGCUACCAGAACCCUUGCCCAGUACUCCAGCAGUCCUCGAGACCCUUCACUGAUGACAACAAGCAAGCGCGCAGAAGUGACAGGAGGAGAAGAAGAAGCAGGCGAGGAAUGCAGUGGUGGCGGCCAGAGGCUGAGUGACAUGAGCCUUUCCACAGAUUCCUCAGACUCUCUGGAUUUCUCUCAGUCCUCAGCAUUCUUCCUUCCUCCUCUGCAUGACCCUAGCCCCCCCACUAUGGCUGACUUUAACACCCACCUCCCCCUCUCCCUCCCACCAUCCCACAUGCCUUACUGUAGCAUGGAGGAGGACGAGGAGGACGAGGAUGACGAAGAUGACGAGGAUGAAGAUGAGCCUGACUAUGGCGUCAGCCUCGAGAGCGACCAGGACCAAGACCAGGACCUGACCAUGAUACCACCAGGCCACCGCACAAAGCGUCGCCCUAGUGCCAGUGCUUUGGUCCUGCAGAAGGCCCUGCGAGGGCACCUGCGCAAGAUGAGUGGUGUUUUCAACUCACUGCUAACGCCCGAGAAGAGGGCGAUCCGCAGGGUGGUGGAGUUGUCCAGGCAUAAAGGUUCGUACUUCGGUUGCCUGGUACAGGACUACCUGAGCUACAUGGGCGAGGGUGCAGGCACCCAGGCCUGGCAGGGCUACGCCUCUGGACUGGAGCUGCUGCAGACUCUCCGCCAGUUUAUCACUCAGAUGAAGAGCUACCUGCAACAGAGCUCCGAGCUGGAGCCGCCAAUCGAGAGCCUCAUUCCUGAAGACCAGAUAGACCGAGUUCUGGAGAAGGCCAUGCACAAGUGCGUCCUGAAGCCCCUUAAACCGAUGGUGAGUGUGGCCCUGCAGGAGUUCCAGGUGCGCAGUGGUGCGUGGCAGGAGCUGAAGGAGAACCUGUUAUUGGCUAAGGCCCGGCAUCCGCAGGAAAUGGGCGUAGCCGACAUGCUGCCCCCGGACCCCGUGGCCAUAGAGAAAAUCAAGCACAAGUUUCACGCCAUGAGUAAACUGUACUCCCCUGAGAAGAAGGUCACCAUGCUGCUGAGAGUCUGCAAACUCAUCUACACCAUCAUGGAGGACAAUUCAGGUCGUCUGUAUGGUGCUGAUGACUUCCUGCCCAUGCUGACCCAUGUGUUGGCCCAGUGUGACAUGCCCCAGCUGGACAAUGAGAUACUUUACAUGAUGGAGCUGCUGGACCCUUCACUGCUCCAUGGAGAAGGUGGCUACUACUUGACCAGCGCCUAUGGAGCUAUGUCCCUGAUCAGAAACUUCCAGGAGGAGCAGGCAGCCAGAGUGCUGAGCUCUGAAACCAGGGACACACUCCACCAGUGGCACCGUCGACGCACCACCCAGCGCUCUGCACCAUCUAUUGAUGACUUCCAGAACUACCUGCGGGUGGCGCUGCAGGAGCUGGACAGCGGCUGUACGGCCAAGACCCUACAGGUCCGACCUUACGCCACCGUGGAAGAAGUGUGUCAGCUGUGUGCGCAAAAGUUUAAAGUGUCAGACCCUGAGAACUACGGCCUGUUCUUGUUGAUGGAGGGCAGCAGCCAGCAGCUGGCGCCGGACACUCACCCUCAGAAGAUCAAGGCUGAGCUCCACAGCCGCUCGCAGACCGCUCCCUUCCACUUUGUUUUCCGCUGCUUGGCCAACAGCAACACCUCGUCAUCAGCUCCCCUCGAUCCUACACCCAACCUCAACGACCUCACUGUGACCUCUGACCCCCAGGCCAACCUGAAUAACCUCAGCAUGCCUGUCAGCCCCUCCCCCCAGCCCACUCUCAGUUUAGGCCUCAGUCCUACUCUGAGUAUCAGUCUGCAGACCAGCCACAUCACUGGCAACUCUAUAUCUGUACCAGGGGGCCGACUGAAAGUUUAAACAGGGUCUUUGUCUCCCAGCUGUGACAGUAUCGCCCAUUAUCUCUAACAAACAUGGUUCCAUGAGACCUAAAAGGGCCAGCAUGUUGAAAGGGUUUAACUGGGUAAAACACUGUGUCAUGCCAGUCUUAACAAAGCUUAACUUCUCCUUUUGGAUGACAUGUCUGUCUCAGUCAACAUCCCCUCGCUGGAAAGUUCUGUCUGACAGACACGGGUGAAAGAGCAAAAGAAGAAAGGAGGGAAGGAAGUGAGCAAGAUUGGAGUGUUUUUUCACUUCCUUGGCACUAGAUUUGGCAUCUGAGCAACACUUUGCUGAACACAGCUGUCAAAGUCUAAACACAUAGUUAAGGUAGAGAUAUUGGAGAUCAUGCAAAGUACUAUUAAAGACCACAUUACACACUAAAAUGUGUUCACAGUCCUGCCUCGAUGCUGGUGCCUCAGGUGCUGAAUCAGGGUCAGCUGUUCUUGUUGUUACCUAUGGGGUAGGUAUAGGGAAAUCAGAUUUCAGAUACAUGUGAGACUAUUCUUUGAUCAAUCACUUUAAAUAUACAACAGGUAGUUUAUUUAGGUGAUAGGUAUAACUAUGAUUUACUUGUUACAGUUGCUGGUAAACUGUAUUAUUAUGUUGUUUGUGUUUUGAAACUGUUAAUUCUUCAGAUUGUUGAUAUGUUUUGAUGGGUUUGGUGACACCCAGUGGUGGCUGCUGAUCAUAGCAAAGUAAUAUUUUCCAAGAGUUCCCGAACAUUUUUGGCCUUAAGUGGGAAGCAAUACGCUUUACUGCAACAAAAUUCAUUAGAAGAAAAAGCAAAGGAACACAGCUGUACAACUACAACCUAAAGAAAACCGCUAUAUAAAGUAUUGAAAAAAUUAGAAAGUGCUGUAGUAAAGUAAAAAAAAAAAAGCCUCAUUGCACAUCUUCUCUGUAUUGACUCCCAUUAGAAGAUGAUGCCCUUAUAUCAAAUCAAUGAUGUGGCCACUCUGAUAAUGCCAGCAUUGUCAGUGAACGUCAAAAUAUGAACCAUUGCCUAUAUACAUUGAAUGGCUGUUGGUGGUAGCAAACAUUUUGCCUUAUUCUUUGUAUACUACAGUAUCUCCUUUUCUGUUUUGACUUGACAUUGGAAGAUCAUCUAAUAAUAGUGUAUUUCUUUGUAGCUGUGGCUACUGGAACAUCGCUCAUUAGCCCAUGGCUGAUGAACCACAGCUACUGGCUUUUCCAUUUUGCUUUUGACAUGCAGUAUUUCCUGUGCAUGAAGUUGCAUAUUUGCAAGUAACAUCCCAACAUUAUCAAUGAAAGGCAUAAUAUAUAAUAUGAUAAUCUUCAGGGUUAACAUUUUAAAAUUUGUAAAAUAACGUUCUUACACUUUGUUUUUAAGUGUAAUAUUAGAAACAGGCAGGUCUGCCAAUGUU